CACACGUCAUUUCUAGAGGUCGUUUAUGUCAUCGGUCAUUGUCAUUUGCUGCGGUUUGGCGUUGGCAUUUCUAUAAAAUAUAAACGGCUUUGUUCGAAUUUAUCGAAAAAAUGAGUGCUACAGUACUCUUUGCGUGUUCUCGUUGUUUUGCUAGGCAUCCAUUCGAAGAUUUAUCUCCAGGACAACAGCUUUGCAAAGAGUGUCGCGGAGCUUUCCCAGUAGUUAAGUGCACCUAUUGUCGUUCUGAAUUUCAACAAAUCUCCAAGGGUAGUACUAGCACAAUUUGUAAAAAAUGCGAACAGAACGUGAAGGCUUAUGGGAAACCAACCGCCUGUGAAUAUUGUAACAUCAUAGCAGCUUUUAUUGGGAAUAAAUGCCAACGGUGCACGAAUUCUGAAAUUAAAUAUGGUCCUCCAGUCAACUGUGAACAGUGCAAGCAAAAGUGUGCUUUUGAUAGGCACGACGAUGACAAAAAGGUUGAUGGAAAACUUUUGUGUUGGUUAUGUACUCUUUCAUUCAAAAGAGCUUUAGCCAAGACAAAACAGGGAGAUGCUGAAAGAAGACAUUUAAAAAUGGCUCAGCUACACAAAAAACACAAGGAUAAGCCGCGAAGUCACAGCAAACGACCAAAUCGACCCGAUGUUACCAAAAUGCCUCCGCCGGAAGACGCGCCCCCUAAUAAAAUGGCCCGCAACAAUUCGGGCGGGCCCGGCAGGGGAGACAUGGACCCAAACAGUUCUGAUCACAUGGUGGCCAUGACACAACUUAAGGAACAAAUCGCUAGUUUGCAGAAACAGUUAUCCCAGAAAAAUUCGGAAUUGCUGAACAAGGACAAAUUGAUAACUGAAUUAAAAGCAAACAAUUUUACAACUGAAAAUGAGCUACGAGCUAGACUGAAUAAUCUCCAAAAAGAACACAACAUCAAAGUAGAUCUUUUGAACAACAAGAUAUCAGGGCUUCUGAGAGAGAUUGCGGGUUUAUCAAAAAACCCCAAGAAAGCAUUUAGGAAUGCAGCGCUGGCAAAUUCCAAUGCAUCUGCAGAUAACAACAGCAGUGGCACCGACAGUCCCAGUAUACAGUAAUUUGCGAAGAGCUCAUACCAACCAUAAGAAGAAACACCGUCAUGUUUUUGAGGUUGCAGCGCCUGGGAAUAACGUUUACUUUUUGAUCAUUUUAUGAUGAGUACAAACAUUGAUGAGGAAGUUGAGAUGAAGAAAACAUGAGGAGAAAAAUUUUUUUUAUUUAGAUGUGCAUCAUGUUCCAGUCUGUGAUAUUUUCAAUUUGUAAAUUUUAAUAUAUAGUUUUAAACAAAUUACCUUUCUUUCUGCUUGCAAAUAUA